GCGAAGAGGUAACAAUCCGCUUACCAUGGCAUCUGCUAAAGCAAUGAACAUCACUGUUGAGGUGCUGAGCACCACCACCAGUGCCUCACCCAGCGUGCCUACGGUGGCUCCGACCACCACCACUGCAAACGAUGUCACGCUGGCGGAGAGCCUGAGCGCGUCCCCGGAGAUGAUGGUGAAGCGCCCGCCGCUAGAGGUAAACGUGUUCAUGCUGGACGAGUCAUUGGACCUGCAUUCGGCCGGCCUGGUGACCUCCACGCCCAUGCCUGAGCACCGCGAGUUCUCCUUCUCCCGGCCCGCCAAAGUCAUCAGGAAGGCCUGCGAGGCCCGCAAGCAGCUGGUGCUCCCCUCCAACACCACCACCCCCCCCACCAAAACCGAUGGUGACCCACCGGGUGGAGACCUCCCUGCUGCAGCUCCAGCCCUCCCCUGUGAGGAAGGGAGAGAAGAAGCAACGGCCGGCCUGAAGCAGAGACGUCCCCAAGCCAAGGGCAUCUUGUUUCCCAGAGUAGUAGGGAUGUCGGCAGUGUCGGGGCAUGGUAUCAAGCUCCCAGGACUUCCUGUCACUCGCCGUGCCAUCCCUAAGCCCACGUGCACUCUGGCCAACAGCAUGUUAGAGGGUAAUGCAGCACCAUCUGGGAUUCCUGGGGCGUAUAAAAGAUUUUCACUUGGAAUGAAGGCGGCCCUGCGCAGUGCUGCCUCUGCCACUCCCACACAGCAGCCAGCCCCAGCUGCUGAGAAACGCCUCAGCCUGGCCCCAGCCUGCUCAGCACGCCUCAGGAAAAAAACAAACGAGGGAGCCAUUCCCUCCCUGAGCAAAGACACUGCAGCCAGCUCAGUGCGACCCUCUCAAGCCUCUGCUAGCCUGAAAAGACCCGUCCCUGAGCCCAAAGGAGGCCCAGCCAAGAGGUCGAAAGGAGAACCAGUAUCUAAUAUCAGAUCUGGUCUUCUGAGGAAGCGAGGUAAAAGUCUUAUGUUGUUGUUUUUGUCAUGAAAUGUGAAUUAAUUCAACUUCUUGUGUUCAAGAUAAUUAUUCUGAAUUAACAGACUAGUCACAAAAGAAGCCAUUAAU